AUGCAUCUCUCCCACUUUACUAUUCUCAUUGCACUAGCUAUUGGUGCGAGCGGCAUAUCUAAGCCCUACACAGCCCUCGAUCCCGCUCAUCUUCCCGAUCGCCUCAUUGCUCUAGAAGAGCAUGUCAUUUCACCAUCUCUUGAAGCUGAGGCUACUGCUUCUGGUGAUUUUCAGCUUGGUCCUCCUGGCAUUUUCGAAAAGCUCAAAGACGUUGGAGCCGGUCGUAUCGCCGCUAUGGACGCAGGCAACCUUUCCAUCCAGGUCCUCUCUCAACUCCCUGGCUCUGGCUCCGAGGACCCAGAAGGAUGCCGCAAAGCCAACGACGCUGUUCGAUCUGCUAUUGAGGCUUACCCAACCCGUUUUGCUGGUUUCGCCGUCCUGCCAAUGGGUCAUCCAGAGGAAGCGGUUGCUGAGCUUGAACGGGCUGUCACACGACUCGGCUUCAGAGGCGCAAUGAUCUGGAAUCAUCUGAAAAACGGCACAUACUACGACGGAGCUCCCUUCGAUGCCCUCUUCGCCAUGGCUGAGAAGCUCGACGUUCCAAUUUAUCUGCAUCCCACUGCUCCUACACUUGAGAUGCUUCAAACGCUCUUCGUUGGAAACUAUGAUGCACAAACAACUGAUGCUUUAAGUUCCUAUGCUUGGGGAUGGCAUGUCGAUGUUGGGACUCACGUCCUGCGCCUGUACAGCGCAGGUCUUUUUGAUCGAUUUCCAAAGCUGAAACUCAUUCUUGGCCACAAUGGCGAGAAUCUGUCUGGCUUUAUUGAUCGAAUUGAUGGAACAGACUUGAGGAGCAAUUCAACGUUCGAUAGAGUCUGGAAUACUAACAUCUGGAUCACAACAAGUGGGUUUUUUAGUGUACGCAACUUCCAACAGCUGCGCCUCGUGACCCCGAUUGAGAGAAUCAUGUAUUCAGUUGAAUACCCAUACCAUAGUAUGAUAGAUGGUUGGGAGUUCGUCCAAAAACUGGUAGAAAGCAAGGUCUUGCUGGGUGGUGAGAUAGAUUUGUUUGCGUACAAGAACGCUGAGACUCUAUUGAAACUAUAA